AUGACUUUUCAUUUUAGUUGUCGAUUUAAUCCUAAUUUGAUUGUGAGACUGCUGCAGACAAGUGCUAUUCGUCAAGCAGAAAAAACACCGAUUCAAAAAUGGGGUUGGGAUUAUUUGAUGCGCCAGCGAUAUUUAAAACGGCCAAUUGCACCUCAUAUAAAAAUCUAUCAAAAACAGCUCACAUGGAUGGUAUCUGGUGCACAUAGAGUCACCGGUUGCGCCAUGGCUGGCACGCUUCUUAUCGGAGGCCUUUUGUUUACUGCUGGUCCAAUAAGUUUCACGCAGUUCAUAAAUUUUAUUCGCGAUUUACAUCUGCCAUUUAUAGUAUAUGACGCACUGAAGUUUAUUAUCGCUUUUCCCAUAGCUUUCCAUACUUUGAAUGGGAUUCGUUUCAUUUGCUUUGAUAUGGCAAAGUUCACUGAUAUCAAAUCAGUGUAUAAGACUGGUUAUUUGGUUUUAACACUUGCAGCUCUUAUCGCUCUAGCUGUGACUAUCGUUCCCCACACCGAGUAUGGUCGCAAAAAGUGA